UUCCUAUCUAUAAUUAUACACAUUAUAUAUAUAUAUAUAUAAACAUUCAUCUUCUUCAUCAUAAAAAAAAAACACUCUUAUCUACAUAUCUUUCUCUAGAAAAAAAACAUGGCUGAAGCUGACAACAACAACAUGAUGAACACAUUCGACAUGGGUGCACUCAGAUCAAAUCUCCCAACGAGCAAGAGAGGUUUGUCAAGGUACUAUUCUGGAAAAUCAAGGUCAUUUACGUGCAUGGCAGAUGUUCAAUGCUUGGAAGACCUUAAAAAACCAGAACACAUUCCAGAUGCCAAGAAGAGGAAGAAGUAUUCUGAGAGAAACAAGGCAACUGAUCAUCAUAUCAUCUUACCUCUUCCACCUUAUCCCACCUAUUGUCGAACUGUUCCUGCUAACAAUCAAUGUUCUUCACCUUGUCAUGUUGGAGUCUAAGGUCUUUUUUUUUUGUUAAGAGGAAAAAACAUAAAAUAACCAAAGUGUUAGUAAUGAUUUUGACCUUAGAAGAAAAAAUAAUAAUGGUAAUGAAACCCUUGUCGUUGUGGUGUCUUUCUUCUCCAGGAGGAAAUGUAAAUACAUAUAUAUAUAUAUAUAAAUAUAAAUAUAGUAGAGAUAUGUAUAACAUUAAAAACAUAUGAGGGGUUUCAAUUUUCUGCAGUUUUUUGUUUGAGUGUAUAUGCAUGAAAUUACUCAAGUGGUUAUGAUGUACUUUUACUACUACUAUUAAUGAAAAAGUUUUGAAUUCUUAUUGUUUA